ACUCUGCACGAUGACAAUAGAGUUGAAUCUAAUUUAAAUAGCCUAGGCUAGAUACGAACGGGUUGGAGAACAAAUGGCACCUUUCAUUUCUCGGUCUCUGUUUCAGACAGGAUACAAUAACAAGUUACACCAAACAAAAAAGGUGGAUGUCAAAGAGUAUGUUGUUUGGACUUUUACACUGUUUGGUUUGGAAGGAUCGGAUGAAUGAUUAAUUAUGAGUCGGCAACUAUUUAGACACGUUACAUAUCUUACAUGUCGCAAAACCGUGGCACUCGUUCUCGCGCAAAUACAUUGUGCCAGGAGCUUGAGUGGAUUAAUCCUCCUCUAAACUGCAGCAGCAGAUGAGGGUUAUUUUUUUUCGGUCGUAGACCUCUGCACUCAUAGCCUAGGCUACGCGUAAUAGUAAUCCAGAGGAGGUCAGCAUUUGAGUGGUGUUUUCCACUCUCGACAUGGACCUCAUGGGCUCCGUGCUCAGUCGUACACCUCUUGAACGUCUCGCUUUUAAUAAUGUUGUUUUGCGAACACUACCUGUGGAUUCAUCGAGGGAACCCGGGUCGAGGACCGUGAAAGGGGCCUGUUUCUCUCGAGUUACGCCGCAGUCGCUUGACAACCCCAAAUUUGUGGCAGUGUCGGAACCAGCUUUGUCUUUGCUGGGACUGAGUGCAGAGGAUGUAUUGAGAGACUCUCAUGGUGCAGAGUACCUCAGUGGCUCGAAACUGAUGCCAGGUUCCGAGCCCGCUGCUCAUUGCUAUUGCGGUCACCAGUUCGGUCAGUUUGCUGGACAGCUGGGUGAUGGAGCGGUCUGCUAUUUAGGCGAAGUGGAAUCCCGCGGCCAAAAUCAUGACAACCCGUGUGGACGAUGGGAAAUCCAAGUUAAAGGGGCUGGACUGACACCAUACUCCAGGCAGUCAGAUGGGCGUAAAGUGUUGCGCUCCAGCAUUCGUGAGUUUCUGUGCAGUGAAGCCAUGUUUGCCCUGGGAGUGCCCACUACCCGUGCAGGCUCCCUCGUGACCUCUGACACCUAUGUGAUGCGGGAUGUUUUCUACAGUGGAAACCCACAGCCUGAGAGGUGCUCAGUUGUCCUGCGCAUCGCCCCGACAUUCAUCAGGUUCGGGUCAUUUGAGAUCUUCCACCCUGUUGAUGACUUCACCAACAGGCAGGGCCCCAGUGUGGGUCGCCAUGACAUCCGUGCCCAGCUGCUGGAUUAUGUGAUCGAGACCUUCUACCCCAACAUCCAGAAGAGCCAUUCAGAUCGCAAGGAGAGAAAUGCAGCCUUCUUCAAAGAGGUGAGCAUGAGGACAGCCAAGCUGGUGGCCUUGUGGCAGAGUGUGGGCUUCUGCCAUGGUGUACUCAACACCGACAACAUGAGCAUCCUGGGUCUCACUAUAGACUAUGGUCCUUUUGGCUUCAUGGAUAGGUUUGACCCUGAGUUUGCAUGCAAUGCCUCAGACAAAAGAAAACGCUACACUUACGAGGCUCAACCGUACGUCUGUCGCUGGAACCUUGUCCGUCUGGCAGAGGCUCUUGGGAAAGAGUUACAGGGGUCGCAAGCUGGGGCCAUCCUUGAUGACUACAUGCCCAUGUACGAGCGCUUCUACAUGGCCAACAUGAGGAAGAAGCUGGGCCUCCUCCAGCGUGAGGAGCCAGAGGACCAGGAGCUGGUGGAAGACCUGCUAGGGACAAUGUACAACACAGGUGCUGACUUCACCAACACAUUUCGCCUCCUGAGCCAGGUGCCGUGGCCCAUGGAGGGCGAGGCGGAGGAGGCCACGGUGGAGCGGGUGGUGGGACUCCUGCUGGAACAGGGUGCCCCAAUGGAGGAGCUCAAGUGCAUAGCAAGACAAGCACAACUGGAGAAUUGUGAGUUGGAGAUGAUGCUCUCCAUGAGCCAGGCUAACCCAGCCAUGUUCAGCAUCAUGGCCAGCAAGCCGGAGGUGGCCAAGCAGCUGCGGAAGCUCGGCAGGCUGAAGGAGCUGCUGGAGACCAACAAGGAGGAUCUGGCGGCCAAGCAGAGGGGCGACUGGCUCCGGUGGAUCCAGCGAUACAGGAGGAGGUUGGCGCGUGAGUGUGAGAAGGAGUGUGACAAGCCCAAUGUGGAGAGACUAAACAUGAAGAGGAUCCAAACUAUGGACAGCACCAACCCACGGUUCAUUCUUCGCAACUACAUUGCCCAGAAUGCAAUUGAAGCUGCAGAGAAAGGAGACUUCUCAGAGGUUCAGCGGGUUCUGAAGCUUCUUGAGAGGCCUUACUCCGCACAGCCUGGUGUGGAACAUCCUGGCUGGCUUGGGCAAGCUCAUCAAGGGGACGCGGUGGUGUUGGCGGACCAGGUGGAGCCGGCGGGAGCGUACGGGAAGGAUCCAGACUCAGUGGCACGUUGCCUCCCCUAUGACAGGCUAGUCACCAACCCCAGCUGA